GGAGCAAUAUGGCGGUCGCAAAACAUGUAGGAUUUGCGUUUUCUAAAACAUAUUGAUGGCAUCAGUUCUUCUAUUCCGGUCGCCUUCUUUAACACCCAGGGAAGAUGAUUACCACAAGGUGAAAAUAAUACUCGUGUAACUAUAAAGUUAUUCAUCCAACAAAAGGAAUAAUGACCUCAAUAAUCUUUUAUAGCGGUUGAGCGAAGUCUGGUCUCAAGUCUAGCCGUUUAGAUUCAUUUAAAACUUUUUAGCUGCAAGGCUAUGCAUUCACUGUCCUUCUAUGAUUCUUCCUUUCCUUUUUAAUGUUUUUCCUGUUUUAAGACUUAACGAAAGGCAAAUACACUAUUUAAAAAGUGUUUUAUCAAAGGGGUACUGCUAUAAUUUAGGCUAUUAAAAAUAUUAAAAUGAUAUUAAUAAUAAUAAUAAUAAUAAUAAUAAUAAUAAUAAUAAUAAUAAUAAUAAUAAUGAUGAUGAUGAUAAUAAUAAUAACAAUAAUAAUAAUGAUAAAAGAAUAUGAAGCCACUUAUUAGUAUUGCUAGUCUAUCUAUCAGUGGUUACCUCUGGCGAUAUGUUGUAAAAUCUUUUUACACGGCUGGCUGAUCCUAGAGACCAUGUGAGUAUUAUAAAGCAUAAAAAAACUUCAGCAAAUCUUUUUCUUUUCUCUCAGGUUUUGUUGGAUGGUGGUUUUAAGCCAUUCUCUAUCCCCGUACUGUCCUUCAAGUUUGAAAACCAGCAAGAACUUUUGCAAAAACUUGAAAAAUCAGGGGAUUAUGGAGGUACUACAUGACUUUCAAGUAUGCCUGCAGUAAUAGGCAGAUUUAGCAACAGAACGGGAAAGUCAGCUGACGACGGCGCACACAAAUUAAACAACUGGCUGGACCAAUCGCAGAGUGGGAAAUUGGGCACUGGAAGAAGCAUUUAGUCCUUUCCCGUGUGCCUUCCCGUCGUCAACUGACGUUCCCGUUCUGAUGCUAAAUCAGCCUAUUAUAAUAGGCCCUUUGCAGCUAGCCAUUCACGUGGCGCAAAACCGCCAUGCUGGAGAGCAAAAGUCGCACUGGGACAAGACAAGCUAAAGACAUACAUAAUCUGAAAUUGUAAUUUUCUUUGUUUGUCUUGUCCCACUGCGACUUUUGCUCUCCAGCACGGCGGUUUUGUAACACGUGAAUGGCUAGCUGCAAAGGGCCUAUUUUGUGUUGGGGGUCCUGUGCAUGAUUAAGAUACUUGUGCAAAUACAGCAAAACAAUAUUAGGAUACCUGAUUCUCUGUGGUGGGCAAAAAUGAAGAAUUGAUACCACAGUGGAAAACCUUGGUAAGAAGAAGUUGGAGAUCUGCAGCCAAGGAUCAAAAAUUGCUGAAUCAACCCGCAUAAGUCCACAUGAAGUUUUACAGUCGUGAUUGAUUAAUACAGUCUAUCAUUUAUUAGUGAAGAAUAUUAAUGCGGAGGGGAGGGGGUUUGAAUUAAAAGAGAGGGGGGCUUAUUAACUUUCUUUACCUGAAAGGCAGGGAGGGGGGGGAACUUUGUAGGGGAUUUACGGUAGGUCACUGAUGGCUCAGUGAUUGUUUUAACCCUGGUACUCUAAGUAGCUUUUUUACCCUUUGAAUUUUAUCACUGUGAAUUUUAAUAUUAGUAUUCAGGUUGACUGAACAUUGUUUUAGGCAUGAUUCUUACAAGCCAGCGUGCUGUUGAAGCCAUAGAAAAAUGUGUAACAGACAUUGUAUCACAAGAAGGUCAGUGAAGGUUUUCUCACCUUUUAUUAAAAUUAAUAUAAUAAUUAUUAUGGUCACACUUAUAUACUGAGUGAUUCUAUAUUGACAUUAAAUUAUUUCUAAAUUAUAUCCUAGUUUGGAAAACCAAGAUGGCCAAGAUAUGGCAACAAAAGUGCAUUUUUGUUGUAGGAAAAGCUACAAGAAAUGCAGGUAAAUUUUCAAAGACUUAGUAUGUCAUUGAAGAAACUAAAUGUUAUUUUUCUGUCAGUAAAAGAUUCUGGAAGAUACUUAACAAUAAAAUAAGAAUUCAGUGAAAUGUGUGUUAUAAAGAAAAUUCCAUGUAUAUAUUGUGUGGAGUUUUAUUGAACAGAUCAUGAGUACAAUGUUUAAUAUUUAUAGUCCUUUACGCUUUUCUUCUCAUUGACGAGACUGUAAUUUUAAUUUUUUUAAUUUGUACAGUCAAGUUUCAUUUGUUAAGAAAGAACCCAAAAAAUUCUUAUUCCCUGCUAGUAAAUUGCAUCGUCUAAUUUUUUAAAACUAAUUAUUUGUACCAGGAGUUUAUAAUGAUACUAGUACUGUUUUCUUUCUUUUAAAAGCCAGUGACAAGCUUGGACUUGAAAGUUCUGGUUUUGAGGCUGGUAAUGCAGAGUCUCUGGUUCCAAUCAUUCUCAAGGGUAAAAAUUUAAGAUCAAUUUCUUGUAAUGAUAUAUAUCAAUAUUAGUAUUAUUAAACAAAGGUUAGGGAGUGCGGGCGAGUACAUUUCAGGCUUCUGAUCGAUGGUCAAAACACUCUUGCCCCAAUGCUGGUGCUUUAUGCAAGUUUCUUGUGAUAGAUGCUCAAAAUGUACAUGAUCAGAUUACAAGUGACAGAAGAAACAAAUGCGCGUGAUCAGAUUGGUUUCUGUACAUUCUAUUCAUUCCUAGUGGGAGUCCAAAUGAACGCUGCCUUUAAUAUAAUUUUGCAACCUGGAGAUAAGGAUUGCUAGCUCCUCGUGUCACCCACAAUUAUCACAAACAAUUAAAAACCUGUGUGCUAUCCAAAUAAUAAUUAUUGUCAACAUGACUUGUUAACACUCUACCCAUGACAACCACUGUCUUCUGGUCUCUUCUGGGUCCACUGGGUAUAAGGUUACUGAAGGGAUACAUACACCUACAGGCAAACCUUGUCGAAGUGUCUCUUCACUUUCUUUCCCUUGGAGUUGAGAGGGGAAGGGAAAAGGGAGAGCCUUGAUGCAACUGGGGGAUAAACUAUAGAAAGGCAACGUUAACAUACUUAGUUUUUGCUACCAAUCUCUUUGAAGCUGUAGAGCCAGGCAGCAACCCACUGUUGUUUCCAUGUGGUAACUUAAGAAGAGAGACAAUACCAGUGGAGAUGGCCAAAGCAGGUAAAAGGUUUUGGCAACAAUAAUUUUUAUAAGCCAUAAUUAAGUUGUCUCCAUAAGCUAUCAGAAACCACUAGUUGUACAGUUUGGUAUUAAUAAAUAGCUUAAGCCAGAGCUUAAAGCCAAACUCCCGUCUGUGCAUUUUAAAUUUACUGCAGACAAUGGACUUAAAAUUAUUGAAGAGACCACAAAUAAUUAUACUUAACUUGAGGGGAAAACCAUAUGACUGAAAGGCAUAAACUUGAGCCCAUGAUCAAUUAAAAGCUAACAACUGAUCAGCAGAAAACUUCAAAAAAACAUGUGACCUUGAUGAGUUGGCACCUGAGCCGACGAUACGGUCAUGUGACACUGGUCAGUGGAUAACCUGUUUUAAUUGACACCUGUCAAUUGACCAUAACAUGGAUGUCUAUUAUCAGGUAAAACAAAUAUCGGUAGAAAAUUUGACAUUUCACAUUGGUUUCCCUGUGGUGCAGUUGGACGGGUAGACAGGCAUAUGGUCACGUCAUUAACGAAAUUUCUUGGAUGGAUAGAUUGUCAAAUUUUCUUAAGUUAAUGGGGCUCCACUUGUGCGCGCGGAGCCGUGCUAUAAAAUGCUGUAUGAAUUUUCCCUUGUAACAGAUUUUAGUCUGGUCCAAAAAAACUGACAAAAUCUUUGAAAAGGGCUAUGUCAAGCUAUUUGUAUGUUAUAUCUUAAGUUUUUAAGAGGAUAAAAUGUGCCUUCGCAGUGACAGAAUUCCAAAUUUUACCUACCUUGAAUGAAUCAGCAGUUUUUAAAAAUGUGGUCAGUAUACACCUAGUCCGUGUUUCAAACCUUGUCUGCAGUCCUUGUUUUAUUCUGACCACAACACUAACCUUACAUUAACCAAUCUACAUUGUAUAUCUAAUAACCUUGCCUUGUCUUUGAUUGUUAUGAACAGGGAUAGUACUUGAUGGUGUGCAGGCAUACACUACCUGUGCUGAUUCAAAGAUAAAGGAAUCUUUGAAAGAUUUUGUUAGGGAAAAGGUAUUACCAAUAAUCAAAGCCUGUAUACCCAGAACAUAAAAAUUAUCACAAGACCCAAAAAAGGGAAGUGCUCCACUACAUGCAAGCUUAAAGGAGGGAUAGUUUUCAUGCAGGGAAAUGGCUGGAGAUGUCUGUAAGUAGGAUGGAAGCUGGGUGAAGGAAUGAGAUCCCUCAAGUCACACCUUUUAUCUUGCACCCAAUACUUUUUUGGGCUUCCUUUACACAGGAAAAAAUAACAGAUUCCCAUUUUUGGAUAUUUUAGGGUAUUUUAAAGAAUACACACAAAAAUCCAAAAUUUGGAAGAGUGAGACAAGUCCCAACCAGGGAACUUAGUUGGGAAUUCCCUGGUUGGGACUUGUCUCACUUUGCCAAAUUUGGGAUUUUUGUGGGUAUUCUUUAAAUACCCUAAAAUAUCCAAUAUUGGGAAUCUGUUAUUUUUUCUUGUGUUACAGUACAGGCUACAAUAUUGUAAUCAUACGUAAAAUAAUUUAGUAACUGACAGAUAAUUCUACAUAACAUUGUGCCUUUGGAUACCGGAGCAUUAUAAGCAAGUGAAUGAUGAAACUGAUCCUGUACCCCAGAAAACGGGGCUUAAGCCUUAUCAAUUUCAAUGCACUUUUCAACCCUUGUCAAGACUGAUGCUGGUGGCUCACAAGACAGUGUCUUUAUAUCUAGGGAUUUCCAUCAUAUGCAGUGUUUUUCAGUCCCUCUGGAGUUACAUUUACAGAAGAAAUUUUGUCAGGCUUGUCAGGAUGGCGUGAAAAUGUCAAGGUAAAGUAGUGGCCUCUACUUCACUCUAGCUUGUGCAGGAAUUGAAAAUUAUAAUUUGUCAUAAUUUCAAAUUUGUUGCACAUGGAGUUGAAAGACUUCUAGGGGGUGUUAUUAUAUCCCCUUAAAAGUGCAGUAUUUAGAAAGUCAGGGAACAGGGGCUGGCUGUGUCUGUGAAGCUGGAAUGUUUUUAAUUAAAGAACUCCGCAAAGACCAAACUGUAAUUUCUUCGAAAUGGAGGGUCAACAUGCCCCAAGAAAAUUUUCAUGUGAGAGAUGGAGGGUAACAACACAAUCCUACAAGUAAAAAAAGUAAUUUAUUUUUCAAAUGAACACCUUGCUUCAAAAUUACAGCUGCAAUAAACUUUAACUAGCUAUUAGCCACAUGGCAAUUAUUGAUAUGAAGGUGAAGGGUCCAAAAGCAAAUCAUACAGUUGAACACCCCAUAAGAAACCAACCAAAAUGCAAGAAUUGGUGAUCUUUCAUGAUGGGUUUCAGUGUAUUGUGCUUUGACUGAGAAAAUGAUUUUCAUUUCUUUUUUGGAUAUGCAUACAUGAUCCACAUGGAGGUGCAACAAUGUCACUUAUCAAGUAGCGGUAUCUUUCUCUAGUGAAUCUUUACGCCCCAAUAUCUACACUCAAAUUCUCUAAACUGAUGCUCAUACCUUUCCCUUAAGAAACAGUUGAGAGAAUUUCGUUAAAGAUCAAAGAAGUUUCCCUUCAGUGAUCAUUUCAUUAAUUCCCAUAACGAAUUCUCUUGAUAUGUGCCAAUAUUGCUGGGAGAAAAUAUUAUUGAUGUUACCGGUACAUCACUUUGUUCCAUAGCUUGUUGCAAUUGGAAAGACAACAGCUGAGGCAAUGAAAAGUAAAAGUUGGAAUGUGACAGCAGUGGCGGAGAAGCCGAGUCCACAAGCUUUAGCACAGUGCAUUGCAGACAGCUCAAAAGCCAUGGCAUAAAGCCCAAUGGCAGUGACGUAACAGUAACUUUGGGGAAAAUCAUUCAUGCAACUAAUGUCCUGUCUUCAUACACCAGGCCCCAGUUGUUAAAAGGUGGAUAAAGUUAUCCACUGGAUAAAUCCCUAACUGGUGGACAAUACAAUUGGUUUCCCUAAUAUUUAUCUGUUGGAUAGUGCUAUGCAACUUUAGAAGAACCGGGGCCAGCAUUACUAACAAAAAGCACUGUCAGGCCAGCUGUGUUCUAUAAGUACACUUUUGCCUGGGGUAACUUGAAAGUCCAACUACAAAAGCACUUCCAAAGUGUUUUUUUGCAUUCUCCAAAAGACCACACUUGGAGGCCCA